GAACCGAGGGGGAUGGGACCUGAGCCGGACUCCAGGGUCCCCAAGGGAGGAGGCAGCCAGACUGGGCCUGGAUUUCUGGGUUCUGGCUUGGAUGGCGGAGAAGUGAUGGUGGCGGUUGUGGUUGCGGGGUGGGGGUAGCGAGCUGGAAGUCCAGACUUAAGAAUUUUGAUGGAGGAAGCUUGAGAUCUAGAUUCUGGGGUCCUCGGGUUUCAGAAGCUGGGAGGAUCUCUUAGAUUCUACAGGAUCCCAGAGUGUAAGGGACAGCAGGGGAGGUGGAGGAAAACUGUCUGGCUUUGGCGGUGCCUCCAGCGGCCCAAGGGUUAACGUCUGGUUAGGAGGGAGGGGGAGGGGCAGAGAUGGGGCUGCGGGGCUCUGCGGGGUCAAGGGUGAGCCGUGUGAGUGGGAGGGUGCCUGGAGGAGGGGGAGGUUGUCUGGGCAGCCAGACGGGCCCGGGUCAGCUCCGGGGGCAGGGGAUGUCUGGUAGUGGAGAGGCCCAGCGUCCAGGUUCCCUUGAGGACCCGGGAUUCCAGGCUUCAGCCUCCUCCUCCUCCUUCCGAGUCCGCCUUCCAGGCCGUUGCCCAAAUUCCACAAUCAGAAGUGUUAGCUGCACUCUGCCCAGGACCCAGGAGUCUGGGCCACCCAGCUGCUUCUUUCCUCUGAUCAAGGAGUCCACUCUCCAGUCACCACCUCCUGCCCAGAAGCAGAAUCCACCCCCAAUCCCUUCCUCCUUCAGAACCUGAAUCAAGGCCCGAGACUAUGAUGAGAGGAGCCACCUGCAUGAUGCGUUCACACAGAUGAUACUCUCCCUCCAGGAGGUGGCUACUGCUCAGGGUGAGUGUUUUAUAGAGUUUGGCUUGGGUUCUCCAAGGACUAUGUGAAGACAUAAGAGAUUUCUCUGCUUGGGACACUUAAGGGACUGAUACUAGAAACCUGUGUGAGUUAGGUUAUUGUUUGGGGGGGAAGUGAAGAAAUGAGUGGAGUCAGUGGUGGCAAGGAACUGAAAGAGGUAUAGAAGUCACAGUCUGAGGCCCUGCGGAGUCAAUUUCAUGUGACCUAUGGGUCGUUCUCACUGUCUGGGUUCUGAAGUCUGGAUGUGUUCCUGCCUCUCACCUGGGCUCCACUUACUCACCUAAAAGAUAGGAAAUUUCUUUGGCUCUCAGAUUGAGUCGUUUUCCACAUCUCCUAAGGUGGAAAAUUCUCAUCUCCUAGGGUGAGAUACUCUCCUUAUCUCCCAGAGAAGUCAGAGCUCAUUGAAAGGAAAUGGUUCUUUUUGACACAGGUGUUAGAAAAGACAUAAUCACUUAAGGCAACACACACUCUCACUGCCGACAAAGUCAGAUUAGGAGCAAUGGAGCUAGCUAGCCAUUCAGGGGACAGACAUGGAGCGUAAGGGCCAGGCUUCUGCUGGGGCGUUGGGGAAGAUCAUGUUGUAUGGAGCAGACCUUAAGCCUCUGGGGACAAGUAUUUCAAAAAGACAUGAUUAGCAGUAAUCACACCAGGUCACCCCAAACACAGGGCACACAGUGCUAUAUAGAUAGUAAGUAGCAGUAGAGCAGUAUGAGAACUCACUUUUUGUUUCUUUGUUUUAAGAAUAAAUUGGCCAUUCUUAGGAUCUGGAAGUUCAAGACUGGUUUUUCCCCCAUCUGUAAUGGUUCAUUUUGUUCCCACUAAGUUUUGUAUCAGAGCUCUUUUCAAACAAAGAAAAGGUCCACUCAUUCAACGGUGUCCAGGACUAUCACAGAAGAGAAUUUCUGUGUGUUCCCAAGCCUCAGGAACCAGAGACAUGGAAGAAAUACAGGAUUCUGGAAUCUGGCUCCUCUUUGGAAACUUGUGAAAAACUACCAAGGGCAGACCUUGGAAGUAGUCUCUGUGGGACAGAGACUUAGGAGCAGGUAAAGGCUGAGGUUAGAAAGAGGCCUGACACAGAUCUAAGACCAUGGUGAAGAGGAGAGACUAGAAAAUAGAAAAGUGGGAGUGUUUCUGGCAGUCUGUUUUAGGGAAAGGAAAGAGGCAGAGUUACAGGAGUGCCUUCACCUGGGGUCCAUCUUCUUAAGAGCGACAUCCUAAGAUGACAAGCAUGGAGCCAAGAGCUGGACCAGGGCAGGUGUCUAAGUUAAUAUUGCAAUAACCAGAAAGGGAUACUGAUGACAUACAUCAACAAGGCACCUAGACACCUAAAUGUUGGGAUCAAUCAAGGAGACUUAAGACACUGUCCUGAGGGACCUGGAAGACCAAAGGGGGCUUUUCAGCAGGGCAGAGGAGCUUCUGGAACCCCACAGAGGGAGAGGCUAGAGACUGGAAGAACCUGGUGUAAUCAUUUACUCAGAGGCUUACAGAAUAUUCCAGAACCACCUGUGGGGUCACAGCUGGUACCAAAACUGCAAAUAGCCUGCCCUGGAGAUGCUAGUAUUUAAGGGCAGAACACAGAUAAUAAACAGCCAAUAAAGUAUGAAGUUGAGGGUCUCUUACAGGUAGAGAAGCCUGCCUAGAAUCCACCAUUGAGGUUGCAGGGUUGUGACUUAGUAAUAAAGCUCUCACAUAGAAUCUAGCAGGGAAGGCUUGGCACUAUGGCUAAGCUGUGGAGGACUUGCCUAGAGGUGUUGGGUCUCCUGGACAAUAAUUUAUGUUAAUUAUUCUCCUAAGGGAUAUUUCAUUAACAACCCUGUGAGGUGGAGUUUUAAAGCCCUACUUUCCAGGUGGGAAAGUUAGGACUGAGAUGAGCUUGAAUAUAUGUAGUCAGAAUUUAGGAUAAUUUGUGCAUUGGAUGAACCAGACUAGAGCUGCGUGUGUGUGUGUGUGUGUGUGUGUGUGUGUGUGUGUGUGUGUGUGUGACACAAGACAUAAUGAUUCUGUAUACACAUAAUAGACUUAUAAUGUGAGUACAGGUUGAAUAUUUUUAGUGCAAUAAUCUGAAAUCUGAACUUUUUCUAAGCUAGAUGCGGCUUGUCCAUACAAUGUUGGGGUCGGAGGGUAGGCUGGGAAGGGACAGAGGAUUCAAGAGUUUGAGAGCACCAUGGAAUACAUAGUGAAAAAAAUAUUGAAGACUAAGAAUGUAGCUCAGUUGGUAGAGUGCUUGUCUAUUAUGCACAAAGUCAUGAGUUUUAUCCCAAGCACCUAGUAAAGUCCUUGGUUCCACACAUCUGUAAUCUCAGCACUGGGGAAGUAGAGGCAGAGAGAUCAUCCUUGAUUACAUAGUGACUUUGAACCCAGCCCAGGCUACAAAGUCCCUGUUUCAAAGGAAAAUAAAAUGAUCCUGGUUGCUCACACAAUGCCAGUAUCUGGAAGGAGGCAGUAGGAUAUUUAGGGAGCCUAGGUAACAUAGUCUGUCUCAAAACAGACACAAUAAAACAGUGAAAUACAUGUGUUCUUAUUCAUGUGUGCGUGUGUGUGUGUGUGUGUGUGUGUGUAUGAAAUGUUUCACAAUCCACAUCCUUUUGAAUGUCAUCUUAGCUCUACGUAGCAUCACAUGACAGGUCACAGGUAAAAUUCAGAACCACUCAAAAUAUUGUGUAAACUCAACCUUCAGACUGUGUGUAAGGCAUUAUGAAAGAAGUGGGUUUCCAUUGUUACUGCUUUGUUUAUUUAUGUGUAUGAAUGUUUGCCUACAUACAUGUCUGUGCACCACAUUCAUGUGUAGUGCCUGAACUGGCCAGAAGAGGGUGCCAGAUCCCCUGGAGUAGUAAGUAGUAGGGUGUUAGGAAUGUCUUCACUAAGGAAGUAUGGGCAUUGUGCUAAGCAGGACAGAAUAUAGCUCAGAAUGAAAAUGAUUCCAUCUUACAUAGCACUCAAUCUCAGUCUUUGUGGUAGACAUUUCCAUCAUUGCUGUUUUUGUGCAAUGGGAAACUGAGGACCAGAGAGUUGUCACCUGAUGGAGCUCAUAUGUGGAGGCUGGCUUGUGAUCUGUAGGUGUAUAUCAGUGUGAAACAGGUGUACUCAUAUCUGAUGUGCAAACCCAUUGUCAGAGCUCCUAAUACACGCCCCUCACCAGGGAAACUGCAGUGUCUUUUGUACUGUUGUGGUUCAGUUGACGUAAUCCACAUUCCAUUUACCUUGUUUAGGCUAUUUCCCUCCACUCCUGACCCAGUGUGUACUAGAUAUAUGCUUAACCCACCCCUGCCCACCUCACAGGCCACUGUGGUGCCCUUAGUAUGUCCCACCACCUGUAUUCUUACUUGGCUCCUGAAAUCUUAUUGGUACGUUGGGCGAGGCCUUCAGGAUCCAGGCCUCUCACUGGGGGCUCCACUGGGACCAUAUCCUCUUUACAGUACUACUGUCACUAGAUCAUGCUCUUAUACUUAAGGAGAUUGAACGCAAAUUAUUCAAAAGCUUCUUGGCUUUGGUACUUCUCUGCCCUUGUAGAUAACCCACAAUGUACUUUCUUUACUUAAUACCUUCAGUUCCCUCCUGACAGUUUCUCACACACAUAAUAUAUUUUGGUCUUCAUCCUCAUUGCUGUGACAGAAUACCUGACAAUCACCUUAAUGGAGAAAAGGUUUAUUAUGGAUCACUGUUUAAGGGUAUCGUCCAUCGUCAUGCAGGAGUGUGAAAUGGCUGAUUAUGUGGCAAACACAGGAAGCAGGGAGAAGUGAAUACUUGGGUUCAGCUUUCUGCUUUUGAGUCACUCUCGGAUGCCACAUACGUAAAGGGUGGGAAUAACCGCCCCUCGACAUGUCCAGAGGUUUGUUUCCAUGGUGAGUCUAAAUUCUAUGAAAUUGGUAAUAAAGACGAACAAUCAUAUUUGGCUAGGGUCCACCCUGUAGAAUGCUGUCUUUAAAUACAGUCACAUUCUUCCAUACUGUACUGGGGAUUAGGAUUCUGAAUAUGAAUGUGGGUGGGGGUGAACACUGUCAUAACCAUUUCCACCAGAAGGCUGGUCUCUGGAGAGCCACAUCUCAUGAUCUAUAGUGGUGAGAAUCAAGGAUUCAGAACAUAAAAGAGUGAAGGGUGGAAAUGAAUGGUUCUUGGGUCUGGGAAAGAGGGCUUCGAAAUGCUCUGUUUAAAGAGAACAGCAAUGGUGGACACUGGCCUAAUUAUUGCCUUAUGGCACUGGUCAAUGUUUUGUAGCUUUGUACAUUUUUUUUUUAAAGAGAUGCUAAGCAUUUUUGUUACCUCAGUUUUGUGUGUUGCAAUCAGUUCAUUUGGUUAUUUUUUUAAGACUUAUUAUUUAUAUGUAUGGGGGGGGGUGGAGGAUGUUGGUGCAUGUGAAUGCUUUUGAAGGCCAGAAGAGGAUAUCAUUCCCUGAAGUUGGGCUAACAUACGGUUGUGAACCUCCUGACAUGGGUGCUCAGAAACAAGAGUGUCCUCUGCAAGAGCAGUUCUUUGACUUCAGAGUCAUCUCUUCAGCUUCCUUCCCAUUUUUUAGAAUAGCAGUAUCAAGAUCUUUUACUCUCCCAAAGUCAUAUAUUUGCCACCAGUUCAUAUAUUUAAAAAAAGAAACAAGCUGUGUGGUGGUGGUGGUGUGUGCCUUUAACCCCAGCAUUCAGGUUACAGAGGCAGGCGGAUUUCCAAGUUCUAGGCCAGUCUGAUCUACAGUGGGAGUUCCAGGACAGACAGGGAUACACAGAGAAACCUUGCCAAGAAAAGGACUUAAAAAGAAGAAAAAGAAGCACUUUCCUGUCGAUUUUUAUCACAUCCAGGUGAUGCAUUUGGGUCUAAGGCCACUGCUGGUGACCUACAUUUCCUGCUGGAUUCUAGAAUUCAUUCAACAUAAUACUUACUGAGCUACUUUGUAAGACUAGGGCCCUUUUGUGGGUUCCAAAGAUGCUGUAUUUAAGACGUGAGAAUUCAGGGAACCUUGAGAAAAGAAGGUUUUUAAGAGUCAGAGAUUAGGGAGGACAAGACAAAGUGGUGUGUUCUGGACAUGACAGGACUAAUGCACUGUUGAAUUCACAGCAGCUGUGGUUGCCUGCACAAGAUGAAGUCUAUUAACAUUCCAGUGCUGGGGGUGGGACUCAGAAGCUUCCACCUCUGACUGAGGGCAUACUGAUAGUUGAUGGCUGCUGGAGGAGAGAGCCAGCUGUCUUCAAGGCUGCAUGCAGUCCCUGGUAGGUUGGUGGUGCCCCCAGUGGAUGGUCAGCCCAGAUUGGACUGAGUGGUUAUUAUAUUUAAAAAAAAAAUGAAGAAGGUGGGGAAGAGUAGGAGGUGAGUGGGUUUGGAAGAUAGGGGAGGAGAUAAUACAAUCAAAAUACAUUGCUUGCAUUAUGAACUGCUCAACAACAAUGAACCAUCAUCAGUUAAGGAGUUGGGUGUGUGCACUGCCUGCAUAGGCAGGCAGAUCUCUGAAUCAAAGCCCACUUGGUCUACAUAGAGAUGUCCAAGCCAGUCUGGAACAUAGUGAGCCACUGUCUUAAAACAAAAUGCCAAAAAGAUGGACUUAAUCCAUUAGCAUAUGUAAACAUUAAUUUACACACACAUAAUUUAUAUAUAUAUAUAUAUAUGUGUGAUUGCAAACCGAUGAAGCUUAUGUACGCUGUGAAUGGGGCACAAUGAGAGAUGGAGGUAGGGGACUUUGGUACAGAUUUUGGGUGAUGAAACCCUUUGCAGUGACACAUGAGAUGAUAAGAUACAGAGGAUGAUUUGGGGCUGGACAAAAGAUGUUUAUAAAGAGGUCCAGGUAACCUGGAGAUCGAAAGUGCACAAGAGGGCUGCAGCAGAGAAAAAGGAAACAGCAUUGUAGGACGUCGUAAGCCCUGUGGAGGACUUGGUCAUUAUCCUCCCAUUUCCACUAAGGUACACAUGGAUAGUGCUCUGAAGAGGCAGAGCGCCUUGGAGAAGUCUGCUAGUCUUGCCUUUGUACCUGUGGGAGGAGGAAAUACAGCAUGUGCUUAUGGAGAGACAGAAAGUCCCGACUGACUCUUCAGCCAUAGGGAAAGGACUCCUAGUCCAACCACCUUGCUUCGUCCCCCAGGGUCCUUUAUAGAUGCCUUCCCCAGUGCUGCAGCAGAAAUGAAGAGGACCAUUCAACAGCUUAAGAAAGUUCAGGCAUGCGUCCCUCCUUGCGAAACCUGGGAGUUCCCGUAGAUUUAACAAGAUUGAGAGACUUGGUCUGGAGACUGCAAGGGAGCCCAACACUCCUGCUCUUCACAGGUGUCCAGGAGUUCACUAGGCUUUUCCACUGCCAGGGCUGCUAUUCCACAAUCUGCGACCUACCUCUAGACUGUCCAGGUGAGGGGUUGGGGCUAGGAUACCAGGGAAGAGGCAGGCCUUAUGCGGGCUUACAAGAGUCACCCGACCUCUCUCCAGUUCAGGACCUGAUAGUGAAACGUGGAAACCAGGCUUUGUUUUCUUGUACCGUGGGCUUCCAGUUGCCAGAGUCGGAGCUCACUUAUUCCUGGAAAUUUGCGGAAGGAGGUCUCCGGACUCGGGACAUGUCCUACUUCCGUGAUGUUCCGGGGGCCCACGGGUACCUGGCGCGAAUCCGGCCAGUGCAACCCAAGCACAGUGGAACCUUCGUUUGCGUGAUCCUGCAUGACCAACGCCCCCUGGCGCGGCUCUACUUCUAUCUGAACGUGACGGGCCCUCCUCCGCCCGGGGAGAUGGAGCUUCAGGUCACAUUCCGGGAAGUGGUGAAUUGGUCAGCGCGGGAGGCGGAAGUGAUCGUGCCCUGGAGUCCCAGCCUAGGCGAACUACUUGCACUGCCCCGGGCUCUGACGCUCGGCAACCUGUUCCUGAUGGCGAUCACCGCCGCAUUCCUGUCUGCUAGUGUUACCGUGCUAGCGUGGUGCUUCAAGUUCCUGCUGCCUUUACUCUGCUGCAAUAAUCCAGGACAGUGGCCUGGAUUUGUUAGCCAAAUAAAGCCUUUCUUCCUGGCUGCUAUUGCAAGGGUAUUUUCUCACAGCAACAGGAAACAAAACUGAAUUGAGAAUGGCCAUGAACUUCUGAUCUUCCUGCCUUCAAUUUACAGGAGCAAUGUGGUCAGCUUUCUCAAGCUCCUGAAUCCAUUCCUCCCCUUCAUGAUGGACUGUCUCCUCAAACUGUGAACUGAAAUAAACACUUUAUUCUUUAAGAA